UCGGCCCAUUAAACCACUCCGGCAAGGCGACGACGCUGGGGAAGCGGCGGGCACCCACGAGAGCUCCUCCGGCGAACGGUGGCGAUGGACGGCAGCGACGCCGACCCCGGGACGGGAAGCGGCGGCGGGGGGUUCGAGUGGGACGCGGAUUCCCAGCUCUACUACCACGCCAGUACUGGGUUUUACCAUGACCCUAUCGCUGGCUGGUACUACAACAGCACAGAUGGUCAGUACUACAUCUAUGAGAAUGGAGAUUACAUGUUAUGGACUUCAGAUGCGGGCAAGGAACCCAAUGUACAGAGUCCAUGUGAUGAAGCUAGCCAAAGUUUCCUGGAAUCCUCCAUAUUCAAACAGGGCAAGGAACCCAAUGUACGGAGUCCAUGUGAUGAAGCUAGCCAAACUUUCCUGGAAUCCUCUUCAGGACCGGAACUGGAUAUUCCACAUCAACCGCCAUCAGAAUGGCUGGAGGAAACACUAAUUAACAUGUAUUUAUCAGGAUACUCUAAUAUAGAGGUCAACACUGAAAAUUUGCUAGGAGAAUCACAGAUAAGUGAGGAAGGCAAAAGUGAUGCAGUUGAGAACAAUCUCAGUAACGUGGCUUCAGAUAAUGCGUCAGACUCUCUGAAUGAUGCUACAUUACAGCAAAUAGAAGAUAAAAUGCAAAUCGAGAACUUCACAGCUGUGCAUGAAUCUUUAGGGGAAGAAGAAGAGAAAUGGCUUUCUCAGUAUGGUCAAGUAGAGAGAGUAAAUGAUGAGCUGCCAUUGUUUCCGAGCGUUGAUCUUUGGGACUGGCAUAUGGUCGCAGAACCUGUUAGCAAAGGCCAGCCCGUGACUAGGCUUGUGGGACGUUUAACGAGGGGUUCUAGUAAGCUUCAUCCUUCACUGCCUGCUCGUGGUGGCCUUCUAAGAACCGCUCCUGUGCGUGAAGUUCAUCUUGAUCUUGUACGUGUUUCAUCAGGGAAGUUGUACAGGCUAAGGAACCCAAGCAGAAAAUACCUGGCCUCUUUAUCAGCGUAUGAUUCUUCGAACCCAACAAAAGAUUGGGCUUUUCCUGACCUAUAUGCCAACCCUAAUAACAAUUCAGAUAAGCAGUUUACUGCAUGUUGCCUGUCUGAAGUUGCUCAUGAAUCUUCUACCGGGGAAGGUGUUUCAGCUGCUAGUGGCAAGCAGCACAAGAUAAAUACUUAUAGGGACAGGGCUGCUGAGAGAAGAAUCCUACACCGCGGCUUAGGGAUAGGACCUGGGCAGAAGCAAAGUAACGGCAUAAGUUCUGAUGAAUAUGAAGAGGCAAUCGAGGACAUGGACUCAUUGGGAGUUGGACCAGUUGAUAUGAACUUAUGUUCCAGUGGUUUGAAGUCUGCCAAGAGAAUCAUGGAGAACAUGGGCUGGAAAGAAGGAGAGGCCCUUGGUAAAAGCAGACAGGGUAUUGUAGAACCUAUACAGCCUACUUUCAACAAACAUGGUGCUGGUUUGGGAUGGAACCAAACCCGCUGAGACGUUCUAAUCUCUGAACCCCUGUACAUGGUGAUUCCAGCGUAUAUUUUUUUACCUCCGGAGGAUAGGUGUAACAAAUCCAUGGUCAUCGCGGCAGUCCUGACUGUUCCAAGGACAUUGUAUUACUAAUGCAGUAAAGGCACCAGAGGAUGCUGUGGAAAUCUGAAUUUCAGCAGCGGUUACCAUGGAUUCACGAAGUUCUUACUCCUUUCGUGACUAAUCUAUUUCGAUUUGUAAAUAUAACAAGAGAGAGCAUUUGAUGUGAUGGUCAAAAUAUCUCUAUCUGCAUUUACUCUUUUGUUUGUUAUAAUGGUGUUAGUUGAUUU